AUGCCUAGUACACCGACCGCCGCCACCAGCGCCAACCACACUGCCAUUUGCAGCAACAGACGAGAACCGCGAACCUGUAGUCUCAUUUUGACGGAUGACCUGGCAUCGAUUGCCUCGAACCAUGACGCUUUCCGACACCCGACCCAAUCACUGCCUGACCUUAGGGUGUACGACAUCACUGACAGUGAUAUCGAGGAGUAUGUGAUUGCAGCCGCUACCACAUCACUAAAUGCAUUAAACCUUAAGUCAGUCACAUGGGACAGAGUAAGCACCGCCACUGCCAGCGACGAAGAUAUGCUAGUAUUGACUGAGCUCAUAGAAUCUGGCAUGCCAGAAUUCCGGCAUGAAAUGCCAAACUCCAUUCGCGAGUAUUUUCAGUUCCGCGAUGAUCUGUCUACUAUAGACGGCCUCAUAGUUUAUAAGGACCGCAUCGUUAUCGCACCAUCCCUGCGAGACGAGGUGCUCUGCGCCUUGCAUUCAGCUCAUCAAGGAGUAACCUCUAUGAUCGCUAGGGCCGAAUCAUCUGUAUUCUGGGCAGGUAUAACGCCUGCUAUUGCAGCACUCCGUGCUAGCUGCCUGUAA